AUGUCUAACACGGAUGCAGAAGCCUCCAAACCAUUGACAACCAAAACGAAUACCACAGAUAGUGUCGUCGGCCGCGUCCAUGAAUCUGCCAGUCAUGCACGCGAGAAGAUAACCAAACAGCUCCAACCCGGAGAUACAAAGACGACGACUCGUCGCAUGUCGGAUACACCCGAUAAUAUCUGGCAAUUCGGACAAGGUGGUUCGAGAGAAGAGAGAGAUUAUGGGCUGGAGAGGGAUAAGUCUAUGUUGCAGUCGGCGCAGGAGACGGUUGCUAAGGCUCUUGGUGGAGGGUCUCGUGCCAUGGGUGCCAGUUCUAAAAGAAAGAAGGAUAAGCAAAAGGAUUUCCAGAAACCUAAACUCAGGGUUGGAAAAACCAAAGCGAAGCCCGACAACUACACCGAUACCAGUUUCAAAUCGAAGUCAAUUGUCCUCACACAACAAUCUCUCCACCUUAACGCCCCAACUUCAAAUGCCACAUUCACGCAUAACUUAUCUCUCCUCAAUGUCAAGUCCGACAGCCAACGACGUGACUCCCUCGCUUAUCUGACUACUACGAUAUCCUCUCGACCAGUAAACUCGCCUCUGCCACAACCAGUCAGCGUUAUUCUACCGUCUCUCCUUCCACUCAUCCUCGAUGGAAGCAACAGCGUACGGACCCAGCUCCUCAAGCUCUUGCGGACCCUGCCGCCAGGCGAUAUCGAGGACCAUGUUGCGCAACUUCUUCCCUACGUUCGCGCAGGAAUGACCCAUCUCGGAGCGGAUAUCCGCAGUUCUGCUGUGGAGAUUCUAUCAUGGAUGGUCGAGGCAGCGGGAGAAUCAACAGUUUCCUGCGCAGGAGGAUGGAUCAAAACGCUCAACUGCUUCUUGUCUGUGUUGGGCUGGCACACCGAAGAGUCAUCACAAUGGUCCUCAACCCGGGCUUCAUUCGGAAAGGCCGGUAGCCAGGGCAAGCCCAUGGUCAAAACGCUUGGGGCUCUAGCGAUGUUUUUGGAUGCGGGUAUCGGGAAACCUUUCAUCGGCGAUGUCGAUAAUGAGAUUUCUGGUGAUGACGAGAGUGCCGACUGGCCGUUCCCUAUUUCCCAGACCGUCCAGCACAUGAUCUCAGACUCAUCUACCCCAUUCGCAUAUCUGAAUCUGUUCGGCAAGCCGCGCGACGAGGAAGGAGAAAUGUACGAAACCCGUGAAGACAGGUACCGCGUGUUCUCGACUCGUUUCCAACCACCAAUCGAGCGUGGACUCAAGGGUGCCAGAGAGGAAGGUGGCGAGCUGGGCCGUGCAUCAUCCGGUGUGACCAAGGUGUUAAAAGAAGCGAUCGCGUAUGGACCGGGUCCAUGA